AAGAUGUUUUAAAUCCUGGGAUUCAGAAAACAGGUUCAUGCGAGAACUUUAAUGUAGUAAGAUAUGAGAUGAGUUAUUUUAUUAAACAUAAUCAAACAAAUGGCAUUUCAAUAGCUGAAUUUCAGAUUCCAGACACAGUUUAGAUAAAAUAUAUAUUAAUCUAAUAUCUGGUCAAAAUGUUAUACAAAUAGAAAGAAGAUUGCCUGACUUAUCUUUAAACAUUGUAAUCUGGCAUAUGCAGUAGAAUAUUUAGAUGGCUAUGAAUGUUACCAUUCCGUGAAGCCGAUCUACAGUGUCAUAUGUCAGUAGUUUGAAUCUGGAACGCAUAAACUAUUUCAUAACGAAACCAACAAACUACGAGUCUAUCGGGAUUCUUUACAAGAAUUUGAAUGGUCAACAUAUCAGGACUACAUUAAAGUUCUUCCAUGAACCUGUUUUCUGAAUCCUAGGAUUUAAACAUCCUUUUACACCACCGCUCGACGCUGAUCGCUUGAUUUCAGUGUCUGCGCGUUCACGGUCGCGUGCAUGAGCAACAAGCACGUUCCCGAGCGAAAUUUUUACUGAACAGCGCCUAACAUCCUUUUUUAUUACAAGCUUCGAAGCCUCGGCGCACAACGUCUCAUCACUACACGACAGAGCCAUGGGCAUCAUACGAAAGUACAUUCGGAACCUGAAGGAUUCGCCUACGAGAGUACAGGAUGAGAACGAUUGUAACUCUGAACCCUUCACAAAACCAAAGCUGUCCUGUAACAUGGUUAACAAGAUGAGGAACACUUUAGUAUCAACAGAAACAUUUCUACAGAAAGAAAACAUCACCAUGGAUGCAUAUAAGCGCAUCAUAAAAGACCUGGUAAUACAUUUGGACCGAGUCACAACAAAGGUUUUUGUAAAUUCCCCAGCUUACAAUGUGAUAGACGACCUAGGGUUGGAAGAAUGUGAAGUUUUUGUUGUCAGAUGGUCUGAGGAGCUGAGGAACAUACAAUCCGAAUACAGAAGCCAUUUAGACAAGAUUUCCAAUAUUGAGAGAUUGAGGAGGAGUCUGGAUGUAUGUCUAAAAACCAGAGAAGAUCAAAUUCAGAAAGUUCAGAAAGAAUUUCAGUGGUUUAUUAUUAUUUUGAAGUCCCUUCCAAAGUCUUCAGUGUGUCAAGACGGAUAUUCUAGAACUGAGUUGUUGAAUCUCUACAGACAGUGGAAGAAAGGCCAGCUUAUCAGUAUGCUUCCUAUCAUGGACUUUAUCAUGAAGACACUACUUAAAGAAAAGGAUUCAAUUUUGAAAAGGAAGCUUCAAUAUAAAUCAGCUUAGUGGAAAAAGGAAGAGAAACAUUUCAUCAUAUGGAAAGAGAAAUGACUGUGGGUAGUGGCUUGCCUGGAGUAAACAUAGUUCACACUGGAAUUUUGAAAGGAAAGGCUGAAAGAAGCACUAUACUGCAUAUAGAAGAAAGCUGGGUAGUAAGAAAGGCUAAGAUAAAUUUGUUUACAAUUCAUCUAUAUAUUCAAAAAGGCGCCAAAAAUGCAAAUGUAUUAAAUUAAAAAGGCUUACACAAAGCGUGUUAUAUUUCUCAUAUCUCAUUAAAAUAGUUCUCAUUAAGAACUGUUGUAAUUGUUAUAUUAUGUAUUUAUUUAUUAAAAUAUUUGAAAUGAAAGGAACUGGGAAAAAAUGUAAGUUAUUUAAACUGACCACUAGAUGUCAUGGAAGUUUAUAUUUUCCAGAAACUUCUUUUUUGAAAAGCAUUUUAUUGAUGUCUGAUACGGGGUUUAUUAAUGAGCAAGGUUGUGAAGAUGAAUAAUAUUCAAACUGCACAGAAUAAGGGCGAACUUAAUUGUAACAACACACAGUUAUUAUUUAUUUACUUUUAAGUUAUUUUUGUUUUUGCAGUCUGUAAAAAUAUUGGACCUGAUACUGAAACAAUAGAAUAACAGUUCUCAGAUUAUUGUCUUUGAUAUGGAUUUGGUAUCAGCAGUUCAGAUGUUACUAAAAUGAAUGUAAAUGCUGUAUGCAAAUCGA